GUAAUCUUAUAUAGAAACAGCAUGAGGAGGAGCAAGGAGAAGUAACGGCCAUUUGAGUUGAGUUAAAGAUGACGCUGAGAUUUCAACUUCAAAUCCAACAAUCUCCUCCUCUUCCCCUUCCUUUCCAAAUGCAACACCAUGUUAUUAGGAACAACAACUCUGUCCGCUGUGCACUAACGAAACAAGGCCAACGAUUUCUCACGAAACUCUCCACCUCCAAUAACACCAACACCGAUAAUCUCAUUCGUAAAUUCGUACAAUCCUCCUCAAAAUCCGUACAACUCUCCACUCUCACUCACCUCCUCUCUCCCACCACCCACAACAACAACAACCUCUCUUCUUUCGCCCUCCCCCUCUACACAAGAAUCUCCGAAUCACCAUGGUUCACAUCCAACCCUACCAUCACCGCAGACCUCAUUUCCCUUCUCCACAAACUCCAACUCCACACCGAAUCCCAAACGCUAUUCUCUCAAACUAUUUCAAAUCUCAACAACCGUGAACGUGACCUUGUUCUCUUCUACUCUAAACUAUUAAUCUCACACUCCAAACGCGCUUCUCAAACUGGCUUCGAUUCCGCUUAUUCUUAUCUUAACAACCUUCUUCACACUUCCUCUUCUCUUUACGUCAAACGCAGAGCUUAUCAAUCCAUGGUUAGUGGAUUAUGUGCAAUGGAUAAGCCUCGUGAGGCUGAGAAUCUCAUUCAGGAUUUUCAACAAACAGAUGGUGGUCCUGGUGGGGAUAGGAUUCAAAUUCAACCUUCUGCUUUUGAAUUCAAGUCUAUUAUAUAUGGAUACGGAAGAUUGGGUCUGUUUCAGGAUAUGGUUAGAGUGGUUGAUGAAAUGGAGAAAAAUAGGUUUGUUAUGGAUACUGUUUGUUACAAUAUGGUUCUUUCGACCUACGGAAUUCACGGGGAGCAUGGGGAAAUGGUUUCUUGGCUUAGACGAAUGAGGAAUUCCGGUGUUCCGUUCUCUAUAAGAACUUAUAAUUCUGUGUCUAAUUCUUGUCCGACGAUAAUGAGGAAGGUUGUGGAGUUGAAUGACUUGGCGUUGUCGAUGGAAGAGUUGUUGAGUGAGUGUUUGGUUGGAGGUGAAGCUACGGUGAUUAAGGAGUUACUUUCGUGUUGUGCGAUUUUUGAAGAGGUAAUGGUGUGGGAUUCUUCAAGGGUUAAGAUGGAUUUGCAUGGAUUUCAUUUGGGUUCGACUUAUUUGGUUAUGUUGCUUUGGUUCGAGGAGAUGCAAAAGAGGUUGUUGAAUGCUUCAAAUUAUGAGAUUCCUGAUGAAAUCACUGUGGUUUGUGGGGUUGGAAAGCAUAGCAGUGUCAGAGGAGAAUCACCGGUUAAAGCAUUGGUUAAGGAGAUGAUGAUGAAGAUGAAAGGUCCUCUAAGGAUUGAUAGGAAGAAAGAUGGUUGCUUCGUUGCGAAAGGUAAAGCUGUUAAAGUUUGGUUAUGUGAAUUGACAAAGCUAUGAUUUUGCUACUAUACAUGAUGAUGAUGAUGAUGAUGAUGAUGAUGAUGAUGAUGUUAAACAUGAAAUCAAAUGAUAUGACAAAGAUAGUUUCACUUUCACACGCACUUGCUAUGCGAUUAGUAUUUAUUGACUUAGAUUACUUUGGUGCUGGACUUCAACUUGUGUAUCAUUUGAUUCAGAUUGUAGGAUCUUGUUAUCUUCCUCUUCCAUAGCUUUGAACAACAAGUGUAGAAGAACUCGGUAGCUAGUUACAUGUUUGUCAAAGGCUAGCAUUGAACAUAAAUAAUUAAAUGAGCAAGUUUAAUCGACUCAAUUUUGGUUAUUUGCAUUCUGUGUUUUGAUUUCUUGCUAAUAGAAAAAAUUAGUUAUAAGGUUAGAGAGCUGACAUGAUUCAGCAAGCAGUAGCAAGGCAGUUAACCCCUUUUCAUUUUCUGCAGUGGCUAGUCUUGGAUAUUUAUCCAACAAAUCUCAAUGCAUUUUGUGAACAACAAACCGAUGAACCGGUUCUAUACACAAAAUCAAACCGAUUUAAUUAGUGAAUCGGUCCUAGACACAAAAUCAAACCGAUUUAAUUAGUCAUGCCCAGACUGAACUGUUGCGAUAUAUAUAUUGAACCGAACUGAACUAGUACAGUACCAAUUGAACACAUAUGCUAAUCUCACACAAAGUCCACUGGUUGCUUUCAUCUCAAGAAUAUUCUAGCUCCCAACUAAGCAUAAAUGAGAGACCAAUAAAAUGAUUAACCUAUCCAGUAAGAGACAGAAUCUUAUCAAAGAAAUAUAACUCAAUACAAAUCAAUGAAAGAAUACAAUUUGAAAUUGCAUAACACAAAAACUUAAUAAUUAUCAUGAACAAACUGACACAAUUUUUUUGAAGUUGAAAAACAAAAAACACCUUCUAGAGUUCAUUCAACCUUAAGCAGAAUUGUUUCAUGAUACUAGCGCUAUGAAUCCACGAAACAUUAGAGUUCAUUCAACCUUGAGCAGAAUUGUUUCAUGAUACUAGCGCUAUGAAUCCACGAAACAUUAAUCCGAUGGAUCAAUUAUCUUUCUCAAGGAUGGCCUUGAAAAUGUCAUUGGGACAACAACCAUAUAAUUCACUUGAGUGCAGUUCUUUAAAUGGACAACAAACUAUGAAGCAUUUGGUCAUUCAUGUAUGAAUGGUUAGAGAGAUUAAUCUUGCGGAGUUUGAAAAGUUUCGACGAAAGAGUCUCUAUUCCAUCAUGUAAGUUAUUGCAAACUGUGCGCCUUCCGCUUAGGUCCAGUUCUUCGAGCAAAGGGAAAGAGUCUCUUAAUUGUAUAUUUACUUUACUUAUCAAUUCAUAUACUUAGU